AUGUCUAUUCCCCGCACAUUGCGUCGCUUUUCAAACAUGCCAUCAUCAUCUCCCGCUUACUGCUCGCCUUUUACGCGGGCAGUGGUGAGCUCCAUGAGAAAGCUCUAUCCCGAGUCAUUGGCGGAUAAAAGCUGGGACAACACAGGCUUACUCCUCGAAGCUCCCUUUGACGGCUCCCGAUACCGCCAACGAAACUCCGUCCUCCUAGCCAUUGACCUCACCAAAGCCGUCGUCGAUGAAGCCAUCAACCGCGGAGACUCGGUCGUCGUGGCCUACCACCCCAUCAUCUUCCGCGGCCUCAAAUCCCUCACCCUAAACGAUUCCCAACAAACCUCCCUCCUCCGUCUGGCUCAAGCAGGAAUUAGCGUGUACUCCCCGCAUACAGCCAUCGACGCCGCACCGGGUGGAAUGGGCGAUUGGCUCUGCGAUGUCGUAACGGGAUGCUUCAUCUCGAAACCACAGGACCUGCCUCCGGCGCCGGCAGAACAAAAACCGAUCCCGCAGCUCUACACGAAACCGACCUACCCCCAGCCAACAGGAAUCACCGCAAACCCGCCCGAACUCAAACAUACCCGCAAGACAAUCCACCCCUCUUCCCCGCCCGUACCUGAGGGUUGUGAGAAUGCGGGGAUGGGCCGUCUCGUUACAUUCUCUGAACCGCAGCCGCUGUCUACGAUUAUCGAUCAUAUUGCCGCUGGAGUGGGUAACCCGGGUGGUAUCCCCAUUGCCAUCCCGCAGGGUUCACAGCUUGAGGACAUCCGCAUCCGCACUGUGGGCGUCUGUCCGGGGUCAGGGUCCAGUGUGCUCAUGAAGGGUGUGAGCGAGAUCCCAGAUCUAAUGUUCACCGGAGAGAUGAGUCACCACGAGGCGCUUGCGGCCAUUGAAAAUGGAAAGGUUGUGGUUUCGUUGAGCCAUUCGAAUACGGAACGGGGUUAUUUGCAUGCUGUUAUGAAGGAGAAGUUGCAAAGUGCUCUGCGGGGGGAGUGGGAGAGCGUUAGACAAGAGGGUAUUAAGGCUUUUGAGGAUGGUGGUAGUGUCCAGGAAUUGGAGAUGUUCGAGGAUGGGACAUGUGAGGUUGAUGUUAGUAAAGCGGACCGGGAUCCGUAUGGGAUUAUGAUUCGGCGGAUAUAA